GCUUCGACGGAGUUUAUUUCCUAUCUUUAUUGUUAUAAAAUAUAGCUGUGAACGAAUAUAUUACUUGCCAAAUUUACAUACACGGAACUCAACAACUGAAACGAGAAAAGCAUGCCAUGCACCUUGAAAAUAAAAAUAGCCAAAAAUGGCGUUUCAUAAAAUUUUCUGCGAUGAAAGCAUGCGUAAUAGUCUUCUAGUCCAAGUGAAAAAUUGUAUCUUUUCUUUUAAUUCGCACGAAGCAAGUCUAGAAAACACUUUUCUCAGUAACACGCACGCCACUAACUAUGUUGUGGUUCGCGCAAAAUUUUGAUGAAUCAUUAUGUUUUGUGUACCUGUCAAUUGAACCAGUAAAAUGGUUUUUCAAUUACCGCGAAAAAGGAAACUAAGCUAUUUAUAUUUAUCCUCUCGUGUUGGUUGGACAUAAUUCGCAUUUUGGUUAGAAAGGUUAUCAGUCAUUACCAGGAGAUAAAGUGAGCCAGCCCAACUGAGUUGCUAAUUCAAGGACAAAGUAACUUAAGUAUGAUGCCACUCAUGCAAGCUUUUGUUUUCCCACAGAAGAAUUCCGAUUGGCAGAGCUAGGACCGUACAGAGUUUAAAAGGGAGAUUCCGAGUCAUCAAUAGAGCUCAUCACGGCUGCGAGCUCUGUUCAACAGACUCACCACGGAUGCUUGUCGAAUAUUGAACGAAAAACAUCUGGUCAAGAUCGUGUGUUUGUAAGUGAGAGCGCGAAGAGGUACGAGCCAAUACAAGGCGCGCAGGCUAGGACAUCAUGAAAUACUGAAUUUGAACGAAGGAACAAGUUAUUGAAUUGCUUUAGGGGGAACCCCACCACGACUCGGCUUUCACAAGCUAAUUGAAAUUUUGCGAUCGCAUCGGGACGUACUGUGGCCUACGCGGACUUGUGAAUUUAUUAUCCGUGAAAAAAUGGCUAAUCAAACAGAAUCUACAAAACCGCUCAGCGAAGCAAUACCCUUGGGUAUCCUUGGCGUUUUAAUUACGUUGGAAAAUCUCCUGGUCUGCUUUUUGGUGUACCGCUUCCGCAAAUUGCGAACUUUCACAAACGGUUUUGUCGUGUCUUUAGCCAUUUCAGAUAUUCUCUUUGGUGCUGUGUUAAUUCCAGUGAACCUCGCGGAUCAACUUAACCCGGCCAAUGGUUAUCUGGUGUCGUUCAUUCUCUUCGCGAACGUUACCAAUUUAUUUGCGGUGACGCUGGACCGCUAUUUGGCCGUUAUGAACUCUCUGCGAUAUUCUUACACAAUGACUAAACAUUUUGUCAAAAUCUUGCUAACGGCGUGGAUUUUACCCAUUCCACUGAGCCUUGUACCGUUGUUCUGGAACAACAAGCGGGGUAUAACUGCAGAAACAGUCUACCUGUUCUUCAUUGUGGGAGGUGUUGUAGUUCCUUAUAUUUUCAUCCUGUUCGCCUACAUCAAGAUCUUCCGUCAGGUCGCACGACAGGUAAAGAACCUUGCUAAACUUGCAACUUACGAUAAUCAACAACAGGCUGCUCGCGAAGGUAGACGAGUCACAGGCGAAGCGCGCGUGGCUAGAGUUUUCGCCAUGAUCGCUGGUAUCUUUGUUAUAAGUUGGAUGCCUGUGUUCUUCAUGACCGCCGCGGAUGCUGUGGAAAGAAGCAAUAUCGUCCCGACUGUACUAUCGACAAUUUCGUGGUACACCAUGACAGCAGGGUCGCUGUUGAACGCAGCCGUGUACGCGUUUUUCAAGCGCGACUUUAGGAACGCGUUCCUGCGUCUUUUUCGAUGCCGCACGAUUUCUCUCGGUCGACAUGGUUCUGACGAGGCUAUUUCAGGCACAACGCUAAACUGAGCGCAAUAUUGGCUUUUUUUUUAGAUCUUUGUUUGUUUACGCUCCAUCCGCAUUGUGCGUAGAUUGUUCAAUAACUUGCUGUAAGGUACGCCUCGAGAUCCUGUUCCACUUAUCAUCGAUUCCUGCUGAUUUUUUCUUUCAAAUUUGUAUAUCACCAAUAGUUAGAAUUUGAAAUUUCGUUUGUUUUCGCAAUCUCAAGUGCUGUACUGCGCUCACGCAGCAUAAAUCUUUUUAAAAUAGUUUUCCGUUUUUUUUUUUUGUUUUUUUUUCAGAAAAGAAAAAUUGAAAUAUUUACGUUACAAUUUUUGACUGGGCUGGUGACAACCUAACUCCCAUAAAGCUUUUAUUAAGGGAUUUUAAAACUCAAUAUGAAUUAAUUUUUACCUUUAAAUCAUUCGUGUUAGAGAUAAUUAUAAGCAAAAUAAAGUUAGAAGCCUGAAGAUUGGCACGAUUUCUCUUAAAAAGUAAUACAUUUUCGAAAUCUAAGCGACUUUUUUAUUUUUGUAAAGAGUAUUUAAAAAACCUGUUAAUAGUCUUUGAUUCGCUAGUAUAUUAAAAUCUGUAAUGUCAACUGAAGCUAAACUACAAAAGAACCGCCGACUUAAAAGGUUGCUUUUUAAUACAAAAAUCAACACAGCAUGUUCAUGAAAUGAACUCAGUUGGAGAAAGGUGGUAUUGUGUAUUCUGGUAAACAAACCAAAGCGAAUUAUUUGCUCAUAUACGGCGAGACAAUGCUUUGGAAUCAUUACGGUCGACUUUAACAAGUGAUUGGCAAGGAUUUGCCAUAAUUACGAGAUAAACUGAGAUUUUCAGCUCUCUAUGCAAAGGUCUCAAUUUGUUAAUUAUUUCUACACAUUGAAAUGUUAACACGAUUAAUGUUAGAGGGAAAUUUUUUUGUGUAAAAGAUGUCAGAAAAUGAAAAUUAUGCAUUGUCUUCA